AUGCUGGUGCAGCCGUCUGGAAGGUUCGUCGUGGCGGCUUUGGACCAGCCUUUGACGAGCCGACCGUUUUUCUCGUCGCACUGGUCUGCAGCUACAGCCUCCGGGAGAACCAGUGUGAGCGCAGUCAUACCCUUGGUUUGCGGUUGUUGCGUCUGUACUUCGAGGGCCCAGCGACUCCGCCGCCGCUCGCAGGGAGGUUCUGAACAGAGUACGAAGGGCUUUUUUGACGAUUGGGCACGCUGGGUGGAGGACGACUUCGUUGCAAAGCUCGACCUGGUGGAGGAAACCUUACCGUCAGAGUUUGCCCGAAGGAUCGGCAGCCUGCCUUCGAGCUCGAAGAGUGCGGAGAGCUCACGAGAGGAGGCCAUCAUCGAAUCGCGAGUCUGGUUGGGUCAGGCCCCCGACACGCCCGUGCGGCGUGUCCGCUACGUCGUCGUGGAUGCGGGGCCUCAGCUCCAGGCCUUCAACGCCGUUGUCUACCCCGCACCUUCUCACGGGCUGCAGCCAGUGCUGGGUGUAGAUGUGCUUUCCUUCAAUUCCCACAAGCGCCAGCUGUUUGGAGUGGACUGGGCGCCGAUGCUGCCAGAGUCGGGACAUAUUGAGGAGCGAAUCGCACCCUUCGUCCGUUCCAUCUACGACGACUUCGAGGCUUUUCGCAGCGCUCCUGGCGGCAAGGUCUACGGGGAAUCGCCCGAAUUCUUCAGCCCGUACAUGUUUUUCAGCCGGCCAGAGGGCCCCGAGGCGAUCUCUGCGGGCUCCGAGCUUUGGCGGGUCUUCACCCGGUACUUCGAUGCGUACCGAGCAGUGCUGUCGGACAGCCCCGUCGUCGAUGAAGUACGCUCUGUGCAAGCACAGGAGAGGCAGGACGCUUACGACACCUGGCAUGCAGAGCGAGACCCGGCGUUGAAGGUCUUCGCCAAAAUGUUUGGUGAGGAGUGGACGGAGGAGUUCUCCGGGACGGUGCUAUUUCCUGGCUCCCGCCUUGCCGGGGCCUGGAUCGUCGGAGGGGCAGCAGUGUGGAUGAAGGUGAAAGCGCAAUGGAAGCUCCUGCGUGUCUUAAGAGGAAGCCUUUUGAUGGUCCACAGACACCUUGUGAAGCCCAGCCUGUCCCGGAGAAAGAUCAGGUUUCCAGCUCGCGGAGAAGCCUUGCUGACAUCGACGGCUGAAACAAAGUUCGUUGCUUGCUGCAUGGUUUUGCUGCAGGGUCUCUGA